CGACUACUACAUCUCUUGACAGGCUUCCCAGUAUCAGGCCACAGAAUGACCUCCACCCUCCUUUCUAUACCCCGAGAGCUCCGCGAGCAAAUAUUCUCUUACCUCCUCCAUCCAACCCCCACCACAGUCGUCUUCCCCAACGAAGAUUCUCGCGAGCUCAAAAUAUUCGACCUCCGCUUCCUCCUUACCUGCUCCCAAAUCCACGCCGAAUCCCUCUCCGUUUUCCGCCAUCAGAACACCUUCGUCCGCAUAUGUACUCCCUUUGCCGAAGCCGAAGACUGGGUCUCAUUCCGUGGUGGCGUACCUGUCGUCCGCGUUCAAGGCGACGUCCAUAAAUUCAGUAUACACCACCUGGAAUGCAGAAUCGACGCACCGAGUGCUGCAGAGCUCAACGCUUCACUUGCCAGUAGCUUCAUUAUCUUGCUCAACGACCUCGAGUCGUUUACACAGCAUUGGUUCUACACAAAUGUUACAAAUCCGGGGCAGAAUGGACAUCUGAGGCUGACGCUGAAUAUCAAGAAUCCAUAUGCCGCUGCGUAUGACAAUGACGCCAUAUCGAAGAGGCUGCAGCGGCUGCUUUUAGAACCAUUUGGACACGUCAAGGGAUUAAUGCAAUUUUCUAUAGUUGGCAAUCAUUUGUCGAGCAUUGAAGAGAAAGUACGAGCAGAGCAGGCAGUUCCCCAUAAGACUGCCAGAGAAUGCCUCGAGGAAACGACGAGAUUGAAAGACGAAGGAAAUGUCGCCUUUAAGGAGAAGAGGUGGGAUGAGGCUCUGCGGCUGUAUAUCAAUGCCUUUGCGGCCAUGUUUAUUGUCUGCAAAGGGAGGCAGAGGAGUGUCUGGGGUGAUGCUUGGUUCCAGACGUACAUAUCUGGCGGCCAAUAUGACGGGAAAUUUGCGCUACAAGAGCGGAUUGUUCUAAGGCUUAAUCUUGUGGCCAAUGUGGUAGCAACAUACCUGAAGAUGGAGGAGUAUGAAGAGGCUAGGUUUUGGGGCAUGAGGACUAUUGACUUGCUCCGCGGCUCAACAGGGCAGGAUGAUGCAGUCCUGCUAGACUUUCCGGGUUCUGAGAGCGCUGGAAAGAUUUUCUUUCGGACGGGCAUGGCGUGUAUCGCGCUGGGUGACAAAACCGAAGCACGGAGGUUACUGAGAAUUGCUGCUGCGUAUCGACCGACGGAUAAGAUAGUGCAGAACGCGCUGGCGUCUGUUGCUUUGCCACUUGGUUAAACCGGUAUUCUGUUAAUAAAACCUAUCAGCCUUCUGAACUAAAUAAAUCUAUAAUUGGACAA